ACUUUCGUAUUUGUGACAAUAAUAGUCACUUUUGGAAAAUAACAGAAAUAGCCACAUUUUAAAAACUUUUUUGACUAUUUUAGCCAUUUCGUCCAAUAUUAUAACACCGUCAACGAUUCUGUCAACUAAAUGGAUGUUAUGCUGAUUUGGAUGCCACUAGGACGUGAGCGGAUCAGGUCAGUAACUCUAUGGUAAGUAACCAUGAGUACAUCUGUCCACAUCAGCAUGACAUCAGUAGCCUCUCUCUCCUGGAAAGUCUUUUAUCUUUUCCCCUUUAAUCUUUAACGAACGAUUUCUCUCUCGUUUUAAGUUGAAAUUUAAUUUUUUUUGCACAGAUAAAUCAGAUUAAAUAUGCUCUUCAAAAUGAUAUUCACUUUGAUAUAUUUUUAGUACAAAAAAUUAAAUAAUUUUUUACCAGUCAUUACCAUAUGAUAUGCUCCAAUUUAAUACCAUAUGGUAAGAAAGCGUACCAUGAUGAUAUGAACAUACCAAUAUGGUAAGAAGGUUGAAUACAUGAUAGUAGGAGUAUAUUAACUGUCAUUUACGACUUUCAUCAUUGUUUACUACAAGUUACCAAUCACAUACCAUAGUGGUAAAGUAUGGUAAUUUUUGAUCCAGUAUUUUUUUCACCUAGAAAUUUAUAGAUCCAAUAGAUCAUGAUGAACUCGUUCCUUCUGAGCAAACGUUUUCAAAAACGACUUAAAAACGAAGAAGUUACCAUAUGGUAUGUAGUUGGUAAAAAAAAAAGUUUCUCGAAAUAUAUUAAAAAUUGAUCUCAUUUUGUAGAGCACAACGAACUUGUUCCAUCUGUGCAAAAAAAUUGAAAUCCGAGUUAGAACAAAGAAGAUAAGAGCCAAUUAAGAAAACUAGGGAAAAUAAAAUACUUUUAAUUGACAACCCUUAGAUCUGAAUUUUCUGGACCUACUUAAAUCUAAAGGUCCAUAUUUAAUUACUCAUAAGUUAGUAAACAUUAGUUACUGACCCUAUCCUAAGCCCACUAGGGACCAGAUCAAAUCAGUAUCCUUCCUAUCAGUAACUGUCAGUAACCCAAUCUCUGUCCCCACAUGUUAGCUUUUUCCUUUUAUUUAAAUUAAACACGGAGGGGCACUAAGGUAAAUUGCACCCCCUAUUUAAUGCUGACGCUAACGCUCUAACACUGACUUUUUGACCAGACGCCUAUCACACUCCCCCCGCUGGUUCCCCUCUCUCACUCUUUGUUUUAUUUUAUUAUUAAAAAAAAAAUACAUUAUUUCUUCUCUCUCCCAUUUACAACAAAAAUGAAUCUAACCAUCCUAGCAAUCUCUAUUCUAAUUCCAACUCAAAUUGAAUGAUGAUUUUUUCGUUAAAUAAUUCAGUGCUAAAGACACUAAUUACAAGUAUAAAUAUUAUUAUCACUUUCUACUAUCAUGGUAAAACAUGGUAAAAUAUGUUGAAGAAAAUUAUAAAUCUAACUACCAUACAAUACCACAUGGUAAAACAUGGUAAAUAUGUUGAAGAAAAUUACAAAUCUAACUACCAUACAAUACCACAUGGUAUAACGUGGUAAAACAUGCUACAGAAAUUUACAAAUCUAAUUACCAUACCAUACCAUAUGGUAUAACAUGCUAAAAUAAAAUUACAAAUCAAACUACCAACACAUGGUAUAACUUGGUAAACCACGCUACAGAAAAUUAUAAAUCUAACUAGCAUACAAUACCACCAUAGUAGAACAUGGUAAAUCGAAGGACCACAAAUUAAUUAUGAUUACCAUAUAAUACCACAUGGUAUGAGAAGGUAAAACCAUAUAAAUCUAAUUACAACCCUCUACGACCAUAGUAAAAACAUUAUAUUCAUAAAAAUACAUUUCGUUACCACACAUUACCAUAUGGUAUAGACACAUUACCAUAUGGUAUAGUAUGGUAAUCUCAAUAUAUAUAUAUAUAUAUACAAUUACGACUUUUUCACUUUCUUCUCUCCCUUCAUUGUCUUCUAAUUCUUCUUUCUCAAAACUGGUGUCGAUUACCACCCACUACCACCAUGAUAAAACUCGUGACUAUAAAAAUACAUUUAGUUAGCACACAUUAUCAUAUGGUAUAGUGUGUUAAUAUCAAUAUAUAUUCUCAAACAAGGGGAAAACAGAAGGAGGAAGAGAAAAAAAAUACUUGUUUUCUGUCUCCUCUCAUUUACUCCUCCACAAUCAAGAACACCAAAUGCAAAGAGAAGAAAAAAGAGGAGGAAGAUCGGAAUUGAAAAUUCACAAACAAAUACUAAAACACAAAAGAUGCAAACUCGACUCACCUAGAUCUGUCCCCUCUUUGACAAAAUGGAGCGUCAUCGAUUUUGAGGCCGAGAAAAGAAAAAACAGAAGGAAGGAUCAGCUUGAGAGAAUAAGGAUUUGGAGCGUCACCGGAUUUGAGGUGGGAGGCUGCAAUUUCUUUGUCGAUUAUUGGAGAAAAAAAAUGAAGAACAAGAGAAGAAAGGAUAUUUAGAUUUGGAAAAAAGAGAGAAUGAAGAGAGAAGGAAGAGAGAAGUUUGUUUUUCUCCUCCAUUAAAAGACAACAUAUAAAUGCUGGAAAAAAUAAAAAAAGGAAAGAAAGAAAAUUUUAAAAAUUUGACAAAAAUGCCCCUCUUCGCUCCGUGUGCAACCUAGCUGUACGAUUAUUUCGCCCCUAGAUCUACAGUCCCGGUUUAAUUACUGACGAUACUGACUCUAUCCUAGGCCGGUAGUUGGCGCCGGUUCCAGAGAUUUCACGCUUGAGUUGCUGUUUUCCCAACCAAGCGUUACUGCAUCCUCAUAUUAAUCACUCCAGAGACAAAAUGUAGUCGCCUCACAGUUUCAUCCCGACCACCGUCGCUGUUCCGAUUCCCCGGAGAAAAAAGGCAGACCUUUUUAUCUCCUAAUUGGCUUCCUGGCUUCCGAGACAACCCAGUACGAUCUGAUCUGUAACGGUCAUAUCCAACUUGAGCUUCCCUCUAAUUUCUCCCCAAGACAAAUGGGGCAUCUGGACCACCCUCUUCGCCACAGUACAAAUCGCCGCCAAGGAGAAGUGGAUUCUGAGAUUGGGGAUUUGGCAAAGGGGCUCGACUUUGGGAUUGGGAAUCGUAGGAGCUUCUCUCGCCGUCAAAGCAUCAUUGCCUAUGGGUGCUCUAUCGUAGGUGGCGAGGCUAGUGGCUCGCCAUCACCACCAUGGUCGUCAUCUCCGUCGUGAGGAGGCAGAUCGAGGGAUAUCGAGAAUGGGGGAGGGAUUUCAUUCGGAUCUGAGCGUUUUUGAAGAGAGAAAGAAGACGAUAGAGAGGAGAGGAGCAAGAUUUUUGUUUGUCCUUUAGGGUUAUUAUCGUUCUGGGAAGAAAAAAGGAUUAGUAUUUUGUUGUUCGUUGAUGGAGAAGAGAAAAGCAGAGAGAACGACGACGAUUUCGAAGAUAGGAAGGGAAGGUGAACAGGCGAUGGUGAGGCUGAUAUUAUUGUUUUUACUUUUUAUAAUUUUUUAUUUAAUUUAAUUAAAAUAAAAGAAUAAAACUUUUGAUUUUUCACUUGGCAUUAUUUUCGAAUAAAAAAUGCCACGUCAACCGUUACUGUUAGUCAAAUCUGCUUGUUAGAAUAAACCGUUAAAGAAUUG